GUGUGUACAGUGUGUUCAUCUGCUCCCCUCCUGCGAUAAACACUUGUAGGUACAACCUCCACUGGGCAUGCGCAGAGCGGCCGUCCUCCUGUAUGCGCUCACAGACAUCAUCGCAGGUUGAAGUGAGCAUCCUCGUCCGCCAGGAGGGUUUGUUUUAUUUAUCUCUGCCCUCCUUUUUUUCUUUUUUUUCUUUCCUCCUCCUCCGCUGCCGCCGCGGUGACAAACAAACAGCACGGAGGGAGCAGAAGCCAUAAGAUGAAGAAACGCUAUGUGGACGCGAACAGGCUCCGGAAAAUGAAGAAGCUGAAAAUCACGGAGAAGCUGUCUGAGAGCGCCUACACCUUCCUGAAGUUCAUGGUGAUGUGGACGCUGGUGCUGCUGGCGGAUUUCAUCCUUGAAUUCAGACUGGAGUAUUUGUGGCCAUGCUGGCUCUUCUUUGGGAGCGUGUACACCACUUUCCACUGCCACGGGCUGGUUAUUUGUGUUGUUUUUGUUUGUGCUGCCUUCACUCUGGACAUCUUUUGUUUAAUUUUUGUUCCUUUGCACUGGCUGUUCUUUGUGGCGAGCACCUAUGUAUUAUUCAAUUACAUAUGGCACACAGAAAAAGGCAUCUGUAUAUCGACGGUGUCUCUGUGGAUUCUGCUGGUUUACACUGAGGCGUCGCUUCGGCUCAAAGACCUUAAAACCUCUCAUGCUAACCUGUCUCAUCUUUUUGCUGCACACUGUAUCGGAUAUCCUGUAGUUUAUCUGGGGUUCGAUGCCACCUGCUACUUCACCAACAUCUUUAAGCUGCGCAUACAAAAAGCUGUGCAGAGUGAGAACGACUUCCACAUGCACCUCCUUCAGCACUCGCUGCCUCCAGGCCUGCAGGUUUACCCCAAGACCGCCACAGAUGGCGGUUCAAAAUGGAAGGCCAAGCCUGAGUCGAGUCAGUACCAGUGUCAGAACGACGCUGUGGUGGCUCACGACGAGGCCCACACUGUGGACUGCCUCCAGAUCCGCAGUGAGGAGAGAUCAGCAGAGAAAGGCUCGCAGGAGGUGAGGUCAGCUGAAUCGAACCGUCGACCGUCAUCAUCAUCAUCCAAGCCCGGUGUGGCCGAGUCCAAAGACCUGCUUCACAGCGGGGCGGGAGGACCGGAGCCAUCCUCAACCCCAGACAACCUACCUCAAGAGGAGCACGGAAGCAAAGCCACACGGGCGGCUAAGAGCUCCUCCCCGAAAGCCCGCAGAGGCAGCACGAACACUCCUUCACCACCCGCAGGAAGGACGGAGAAGAAACCGAGAUCCAGCUCCAAAACAAUCAGCCCCAACAGGGAUGCAGCAGAUAAGGGCACGGCAGCGGCUCACAACUACCACGCUGAACAGAUAAACAAGCUGGAUCAGGAGCUGAGGAGGCUGAAGGGCGAGCUGCAGACGAGUAGGCAGAGCGAACAGGAGCUGCGAAGUCACAUCUGCAACCUCACCAACAGCGAGAGGAGCCUGAGACCAGAAGUUUCUCUGCUCAGGCAGUCCAACAUGCUGCUCCAGAGCAAGAUUCUGUGCUUGACUAAAACCAAGCAGAGGGACAAGCAGACCAGUGCGAUGCUGGAGAAGAAGACCAGAGUGGAGGCAGAGGCCAGAAUCUCUGCUGAGAAACAGUUGGCUGAGCUUCAGGCUCAGAAACUGGAGGAGGCGGCGAGCACAGCACGGAGCUUAACAAACAGGCAGGAACACUGUGAAACCCAAAUGUUAAGGAAAAGGGUUAAAGAUCUAGAGACAGAGUACAAACAACUACAGCUGGAGUAUCAAGUGAAAGAGAGUCGUGUGGUAGAUCUAGAGAGUGAUGUUGAGGCUUUGGGAAAGUACCGCUGUGUGGAGAAAGAGACGGACAUGCUGCUGUCCACUCUGUCAGCCAUGCAGGAGAAAGCUCAGCAUCUGGAGUACAACCUGAGCGCUGAGACUCGCAUCAAACUGGACCUUUUCUCUGCACUGGGAGACGCCCGCAGACAGCUGGAAAUCGCUCAAGAUAAAGUGAUGAAGCAGGACAGGGAGAUCAGCGAGAUGAAGCAGAAGAUCGCGGAGGUGAUGGCGGUCAGCCCCGGCGUGUCCUACAUGGCUCCUCGGCCUCAGGUUCCUCAGUAUCUCACCAAGCUGCUCAACUCUGAGCGCUACAUGCUGAAUCCACGGGCGCUGAUGUACCAGUGUCUGAAGAAAUAAGGGGGCGUCGUCGACUCCCGCCCGAACCUCCUCGUCAGACCCGGUGGAGUUCACCACAGAGCUAAAUGACAGCGUGAAGUCGUCUAACUUCCAGCCAUGAGUGGAAACCAGAACGAGCCUCCACAAGUCGAAUGCCUUCUGCUGCACUGCUGGUGCUAAACUUGAUAUUAUUCUGUAUAUUUCCUCCCGCGUGGGUCGAAGAGUUUCUCUCCAAAAUGAGGUAUCUUAAUAUGCAGAGCUGCUCGAGGCACAACUUUUAUGUAGAUGUGUACUUUUAUCAUCAUCCGAUACAUAGUCAGCAGAGAAAAGCACAACACCACUGCUAAUUCAGACCCUUGUAGAUUCAUCUGAGCGGAGUUCUGAGGUUGAUAUGUGACAAUAAAGGAGAAAGAAGUAACAGUCCUGAGAAAACUGCUUCACUUUUAGCACCUGUAGGGGAAAAAAAAAAACAUGUUGGAUCAGGAAAUGUGUUUAAAAUUGUACUAAAAGAUGCGUCUAGCUGUCAUUGGAGGCCAUAAACAAGUUCCCUGCUGCAGCUGUAUCAUGUUUCAAACCACUCUGUGGCAGUAAAACGAACCAUUCAAUAUUAUUUAGGACAGCAGAAGUAUUGUAAACUUAAAAAUAAUAAAUGUAUCAAAUUGCGUUUCUUUUAAUAAUUUCAAUAAUUUUCGCAAUCUGCUGCAAUAUUGAUUAAAACCUUUGUUUAUCCCUUGAUUCUCAGUGUUUGUUAGAGCAAAACCAAGAACCAAAUAGACCAUUCUUUCACAGCAGACAUUCUAAUCUGGUUGUGGGAAAAGCACAGCUGUUACUACGAACAUUAACAAUAGCUGUCCUCGGCUCAAGUGUCCCAGCAAUAUUAACCCUCCUGUUGUCUUCAUUUAUGGGCAACAAAAAAAAUAUUCUUUUCCGUGUUAGAAAAAAAAGUCAGAAAAUUCAGCAAAAAAAAAUCCCAAAAUUUCUGAAAAUGUGCAAAACCUUUAGGAAGAAAAUUCCUUAAAAGUUUCCCUUAAAAGUUUUAUUAAAAAAAAAAAACAAAUUUGGCAAGAAAAUUAUUGUAAAUAUUUUCAAAAAAUGAGUAAAAAUCUUCCAUAAAAUGAGUAAAAAUAUCUAAACUGAUUACAUAUACAUCAGUAAAACUUCUAAUAUUUUCUUUAAGAACAUCCACAAAAAAAUCAACCAAAAUCCAGCGAAAUUCGCUGGAUUUUGGUUGAUUUUUUUGUGGAUGUUCCUAAGAAGCAUUUUUAGCAUUUCUUUUUUUCCCCACCAAAAAAUGUUCAAGGAUUUCCCGAAAAAUGUUGAAAAUGUGGACCUCAGAAGUUUCACUGUGAAAAUAUAUAUUUCUUCCUACAUUUUCAAACUUUAAACCAGAUCAGUUUUGACCCGCAGGACGACACGAGGGUUAAGGCAGCAUAUCCAGGACCAGGACGCUGAAACCGAAGCAGCUAAACGGAAUUCAGCCAUUUCUUAUUUAAACACCUGAGCUCCUGUGAAAAAGGGGGGCUUUUAAAAAUGACACAUUCUCAAGCAUUUUAGCUUCCAAACUGCAGCAGAUUCUGUUCAAAUGUGUUCAUUUACUUGAGAAAUUGUGAACUGUAUCUCGAUAUGAUUAUAGAGAAAUUAAAAAAAUGCUCAUAUUUCAAUUGUCUCCAAAUCCUAGUUAGUCGUGUUUAUGGACUUGCAGUGCAUUUUAAAUAUUAAAAUAUGUCUUUAUUGGAUAAAAUACAAAUAUUAGAUUGAAAACAAUAUUCUGUACACGUUCCUCUCAAAGCAUAUUUAACGAAAUUUGUAAGGCAAUUAUUGUCUGUGCCUGUAAAUAGAGAAUUAAGACUAUUUGAAUUGUGCUGAAGUUGUCAGUGUUUUGGAAUGAGGCCCUUCAGAGUUGGAAUAUUUCGUCUUUGUAUGAAGCCUCCCGGCUGCAGUCUGGGAGCACAGCUGUAAUGUUUUAUUGUCUAAAAGUUGAGGAGGCGCUCAGUUUGAGCUGCGACAGCUAACGGCUACAUUUUGAUGUUUGGCAGCUCUUGGAACUUCUGGAAAGCGACUCUUUGUUUGACAGAAUUCGACUGUCCGAGGGUCAGGAGUGGAGUUGUGAAUAACAAGGAAUGACCAAACAUGGCUCAUGAAUUUCAUUACUGUGCCUAUAUACAUUACUUUCAACCUGGGAAGUAAAAACACAAAUUAAAUGUGAAAGAGUAAUGUGUUUGAAUUGAAGUGCUAUGUACUGUUUUUGUAGUUUUUGUUCCAUUUUUUUACUCGGUGUACAGAAUUGAAAAUACCCAAACACUCAUGAACUGGAUGUCGCCAUUUUUUUGGUAGCUUUUUAUUUAAAGCGUGUUUCUAGGGUGUUUUAUAUCCCCCCCCCCAAAAAAAUAUUUUUUAGUCUCGCUGUACUUCUAUUAUACUGCUGUAAUUUUGUACGGCAACGUGUUUGUCAGCAUGAAAUGUGUUUUCUUCAACUGUUAUUUGAGCACACAUUGUGACUUUGCGUACAUGAAUAUACUUGUACAAGGGCUACCGUUUCUUAACAUUUUGAACAAAUAAUUGUGAAUUGGAGCUGUGACGCUCUGAGGCCAGAGGUCACGCUCCUGAUACACCAGGAAUGGGUUUUGUAUAAAUAAUUGAAUUGAA